AUGCCCAAAUUCGCUCAAAUCAAAAAAAGUGGCAAGAAAAUGGAUAGAGCAGCCGAUGACGUUGAUGUAGCGGUGUUCUCAUACAAGCGAUAUGGUAAAAAUUACCCAAAAUCGGUAAACAUCUCUCCGGAUUCGUUCAUUCAAAUGGCAUUUCAAUUAGCAUUCUUCAGGAUUCAUUCCGCA